CAACAAAUCAGAAUUCAUGUCACCUCCGAAAAAUAUGUUUGGCUGGUGAAUAUGCAAACACUUCUUGUAAACAAUGGUGAACCCAGUUUGUUGCUUCUUUUAUAUGGUUUAUUUCUCGUCUCCCUUCCAUAUUUUUUUUCCAAUCUAAUCUCAAUUUUAUUUGCUGAUUGUCUCGUUUGUAAAUCAAAUAUUCUAUGUAAAACCCGAUUUAUUAAUGUUUGUUGUACCUACCCAAAGUGAAUAACAUAACCAAUUUUAUCUUCUAGUUGCUACGGUUCCAAGAUGACAACUCCAGUCUUUUUCAUCCCAUUCAACAAGGAAGACUUGUUGUUGGCAGAUAGCUCAGGGCAAUACUAUGUACGAGAUCUUAUACCCUGUGAUCGGGUGCCAAGGAGGCUUGCAGAUUGCAGUGCAGCACUUUCUGAUGAUGGAUUCCGAUUUAUUUUAAAUCAUUUUGAUCCCAUGUUUUCUGUUGUGCACCAUGCCAAAGACUUAGAUACAAAAUACAUUUUAACUGCUCACAACAUAGUACUAAAAGGAAUUUCAGGAAUGUGCCAAACUCUUCCUGGUCUUAUGGAACAAAUGGACUGUCACCUACGACAAAACCUUCUCAAUGCUGUUAAAAUGUAUUUGUUUUUAUUGUAUGAAGUUCUACGAUCUUUAGAGGAAAGAUUUAAUGCUAAAACUGACAAAGAGUUAGCUGUUGAUGCAAAGAGCCGAAAAAAAGCAAUCAAGAACUUUGCUGAUUUUGAUUGGGACAAUAAGAGGAAUGAAUCUCUGAUUAAGCUACAUGAUUUUAUACAUCUUCCUUUACCAAAGUUGUGGGAUCCCCCAGUUGCGGAUGAAGACUUUGUCAAUUUGGCUGCUAACAUUUGCUACAAAACAUUGGAGGACCCUCAAGUUUCUCAGGCACGGCUGUCUUACAUGAAACAUACUACUUUUGAUAUACUUGGGACUCUUAUUCAAAAGUAUGGUCAUGGUCUUAGUUGUACCGUAAAGAUGGUUCAGCUGAUGAAAAUCUAUGAGCAUUUACCGGAAACUUUAGCACAAGGUGCUGUAAAAUUUGUCCGGGAUUAUCAGUGUCGUAAUUUUGUUAGGGAAGUUAUCCGAGAAAUUACCCAGGCUGAUUCUGCCUUUGAAAAUAGCUCACCCAAGGCUUGUUCACAUUUCCUCAUUGAAAUAGCAAAGGAAGGGCCUGAUAUCAUACUUCCAUCAAUGCCUUUGCUUCUCCCUGAACUAGAAAAUGAAUCUUACUUGAUGAGGAACUGUGUGCUUGGUGUCAUUGGUGAAGUUGUUUCUGGAUCUCUAACUCAAGAGCAUUUGUCUGAAGAGCAAAAAGAAAUAAGAGAUACAUUCUUGGAUCAUCUAGAGGAGCACCUCAUUGACACAAAUGCAUCUGUUAGAGGAAAGGUGUUGAAGAUUUGGCAAAAACUAUGCGAAGAGAAAGCUAUUCCUCUAGCUUACCUUAGCCAACUCUUGAAGCAUACUGUCUGUCGAUUGACAGAUACAAGUUGGAGUGUGACUCGUAAUGCUGUUCAACUUUAUCAGGCAUUGUUGCGGAGUAAUCCAUUUGGAGAUAAGCUUAAAAUUGAUGAAUUGAAAGAAAGGCUUAAUAGAGAGGAAGAGACCUUAGCCUACUGUGAAAAGGAAGUAAAUACCAUCAUACCACCAACACGCACCAAACUCUGGGAUGAAAUAUCUCCUCAGAUCAUUGUUGUUUUGCAAGAAGCUCUGUCAGACAAGGGGAAAGAUGCAGAAAUUUCUGAAGAAGCACUGUCAAGUUCACUAGAGGACAACAUUGCCCAAAUAUCCAGCUGCCUGGAAAGAGGAAAAUAUCUAGAAGCUUUUCAUUUACUUAAACUCACAGAAAAACAUGCAGAAACAGGCAAGCAAAGGGGCAAUAAGCAGCUUGAAUGGCAAGUUGAUUAUUUUCACAAUCUACUGAGGAAAAUAUUUGUGCAAUUUGAUGAAAGUGCGGAAGAUGGUAAAAGAAAAGAAGAAAGAAAUAAUCUCACCCCUGAACAAAGAGAAGCUCAAGACAAACUUUUAAAACAGCAAACUCUUACUCAGUAUUACAAGGAUUGCAUUGCAUUUUCGGAGCAGCUUGAAGUUGCAACUGGCAUAAUCAACAAUUUACUCUUCAGUGCACAGCCGACUGUUAUUUUGGACACGCUUGAAUUUCUUACUGCAGCUUUUCAGUUUGGUUUGAAAGGAGCUCUCACAGGUGUGAAGAACAUGCUUUUGCUGGUAUGGUCUACUGAAACAUCUGUCAAAGAGGGUGUUGCUGCUGCUUACAGACAACUAUAUGUAGAUAUAGCUAGUCAUGCUCAAGGACGAAGUCGUGCUGGAGAAAUUGUCAAAAAUUUAUGCAAUCUUUUGAAAACACUCGAUGAGGACCAACAAGCUGCUUUAGAGUUACUUUUACGUGAAUGGGUGAAAGCAGGAGAUAUGGAUAAAGAUUGUAUACAAAUUUUGUGGGAAAGAUUUUCUCUUAAACUUCCUGAUACAAGUGAGGAUGAUAGCAGAGUUGCCCUCAUUCUUUUAGGAAUGGUAGGGGGAGCAUCACCGAGCAUCUUGAAAACCAAUACCCAAGUUUUAGUAUCUAUUGGAUUGGGUGAAAGAGGCCGGAAGGAUAAUAGACUGGCACGGGAAACUUGCAGAACAUUAUUAAAACUGGUCCCUGAAACAACAUUAGUAGCUUCCAAUGAAGAGCCAUUUCGUUUUGAGAAAGAUGAUGAAGUACUUAAGAAUCUACGUGAUUUGCUUAUUGAUGGAUUCAACUUGUACGAUGAUAAGUUCUACCUUCCAAUGGCUUCAGAAGCCAUUGAUGUCAUUUAUCAACUGUCAGAACAUCCAGACAGGACCUGCACAAAUCUGUUGGAAGAAUUUGUGCGACAAACAAAACAAGUGUCUGCAGCCACAUUUGAUAGUGUUGUGCAUUCCAAUAAGGAAUCAAAUCAAGCCCCUGAUAAAUUAGUUGAAAGACUUGUAUUUUUCAUCGGACACAUAGCUUUCAGACAAUGGGUUCAUCUUGAUAGAACAGUCUUUCGUGAACUUAAAAGAAGAAACAGAAUCAGAGAACUAGAAGCAGAAAAACGACGAGGUGAUAAGCAAAAGAGUAAAAACAAAGAUAAGAGGAAAAGCCAAGCAAACCUUAAUACAUCAGGUUUGAGUCGUGCAUCUGAAACUCCUUUACGCAAGGAGAAAGAGAAAGAGGAUGCAGCUGAUGCUGAAUUAGGAGAAAUUAAUGCAGAUGAUGCAGAAGCUGAGUAUAUUAAUCAUGUCUGCGAAUCAGAAGUCUUGAGUGGUCAUACUGUUCUGGGGACCUUAAGCCCCAUUGUUGUUGCUGUUUGCACAAAUCCUCAGUUGUACACUGAUCCACAACUUCGCACUACUGCCUGUCUUUCCCUUACAAAGAUGAUGCUUGUGUCAUCAACAUUUUGUGAAGAACAUUUGCCACUUGUUUUCACUAUGAUGGAGAAGUCAUCUGAACCACCAAUACGGUCAAAGCUUGUUUAUGCUAUUGGUGACCUAGCUGACAGAUUUCCAAAUCUCAUUGAACCAUGGACUAAACACUUGUAUGCAAGGCUCCAAGACAAAUCCUCACAAGUUCGUUUGGAUGCUGUUGUAGUUUUAAAACAUCUUAUCACAAAUGAGAUGGUGAAAGUGAGAGGACAAAUUUCAGAUAUGGCUCUUUGUAUUGUGGAUGCUGAGGAGAGAAUAUCUGUCAUGGCAUCUGAAUUCUUCCGUGAUCUUUCCAAAAAGGGAAAUACCUUGUACAAUGUUAUACCUGAUAUUAUAUCCAGAUUGUCUAAUCCCACCAUGAACGUGUCAGAAGAAAAUUUUAAUCGCAUCUUAGAAUUCUUACUGCCAUUGAUCCAGAAAGAUAAACAAAUGGAAAGCUUAGUUGAUAAGCUUUGUCAACGUUUCAGAGCAUCUACCAGUGAAAGACAGUGGAGCGACAUUGCUUUUUGUUUAUCUUUACUCCAAUAUUCUGAGCGCAGCUUGAGGCGUUUGUUAGAAAACUUCCAAUGCUACUUUGACAAACUUAAUACAGAAAAGGUGUAUGAGGCCUUUGAAUCUAUAAUUGCUCAAGCUCUGAAAACAAACAAACCGGAGAGAAAGCUAAUUGUUGAAGAACUUCAAACCAAAAUUGAUGAGGCUCUUAAGAGGGGUUUGGGAACUGAAGAUGCUGGAGAAAGUCAGAUGGAUGUUGAUGGGGGCAGCCAGAAAGAAAACAGAGCUGUCUCUAAGAAGGGAAAACGAGGUAGUGUUGGAGGUAAGAAAAAACGAAUAAAUCAACGGAGAGGCAACAGAGGUAGAAGAUCUAAGGAAGCAUCUUCAUCAGAGGACGAAGAGGAUGAAGCCAGUAGUGAUGAGGACUCGGGACCUGAUCAGCAACUGAGAAUUCAGAACAAAAACCGACGACAAAGAAGAUAAAAAUAUUUUUAACUGAUUUAACAUUAUAAAAUGUUUGAAAAAUGCUUCCUUCAUGUAUUGUAAAUGAUUUUAUUAUAUACAUGAGGCAUCUCAGGAACCUUUUUUUGUAGAAUUGUGUGUCUGUACCUGCACUGUGAGGAUAUUAAGAAACAGUGGAGUUAAAUUUUAUUAUAGUUGUAGUGGUUAAGUGUUUGUCAGUUGCCUGUUGUUGAGUAGUACAGUGGUGUCCGUGAAAUUUUUCUGACGGCUCUCUCUUAUUUUAAUACACCAUAACGUGUUUAUUUAUUAAUUUCUGGUUUUUAAAUAGGAUUCUAAAUGUUACCGAGGUAAUUGAAAAUUAUAUUUAUAUAUUUUACCCAUAAUAAAUUUAUUGUCUGAACCUUUUCUAAACCACA